UGUUUUGUAAGAAAUAUGUCCUACUACCAUAGUGGAGUAGAUCCUGUGGCUAGAUACAAAGAAAAAGAGCAACAAAUUAGGCAAAGACAAUUAGAAAGAAGCAACAACCGUGCUACACAGUUAUGGAGAAAAGCUCGCUCUCAUGUUUUAAGGGAACAGGAUUUGAGGGAGAGAAUGCUUGACCGCUCCAUGGCUGUGAAUGUGUAUAGCACCAAUAACCAGGCAGACAAUCUUAGUCGCCAUGAUAUUCUGGCCUGGGUCAACGACAGCAUCCACACAAGUUACGGCAAAAUCGAGGAACUUUGUUCAGGGGCUGCCUACUGCCAGUUUAUGGAUAUGUUAUUUCCUGGCUCCCUUCCUAUCAAAAAAGUUAAAUUCAACACAAAAUUAGAACACGAAUACAUCCAGAACUACAAGCUCCUACAAAAUUCAUUCAAAAAAACAAGUGUCGACAAGGUGAUUCCUGUUGAAAGACUCGUUAAAGGAAGGUUCCAAGAUAACUUUGAAUUUGUUCAGUGGUUUAAACGCUUUUUUGAUGCCAAUUUCAAUGGUGACACAGAGUACGAUCCGGUGAUGGCCCGAGGUGGGGAAGUGGUGGGAAAUGUGGGUAAACCAGGAGGGGUCAAAUCUCCUGCAGCGGCAAAAACUGGUAUCUCCAGGGGACCGGCUAGAGCUCCAGCAAAGACAACCACAAAGAACACCUCUGCUAUAAGUAAACCUGUAGCAAAUGUUAAAGCAACAGUUAACAGCAGUCAUGGAGGAGGGGAUAAUAGUGCUAAAAUAGCUGAAUUAACACAACAGAUCAAUGAACUGAGGUUAACAGUAGAAGGAUUAGAAAAGGAAAGAGAUUUUUAUUUUGGAAAACUCCGAGAUAUUGAGGUCACAUGCCAAGAGAAUGAGGAUAAUGAAGUUGUCAAGUCAAUCAUGGAUGUCCUUUAUGCAACAGAGGAGGGAUUUGCACCCCCCGAGGAGGAUGGUAAUGUAGAAGAGGAAGAAGAAUACUGAAGAUACAAACCACACCCACUUAGUGCUAAAUAAACAAUGGAUUUUUGGCUCAACCGGUUGCUUACAAUUAAAGCUGACAUGGAUUCUGUUUAUUACAAGAAGCUUACACCUUACCGAAAAAAGUUCAAUUACUUCACGUUCUUCAGGAGGAUUUGGAAGGAGGAGCUGUGUCAUAUACAGUAAAAGUGCUACAAAAAAAGAGUUCUUUGAAUUUCAAAGGCCAUCUUUUUUUUCUGUUGUAUAAACACAGUGUAUAUAUAAAUGUGAAAUAUAUUUAUGAAUGUGAUAAUAAUAUUGGUAUAAAUUUUGACCAUGCUGUAUUAUUUCUAUUUUUUUUACCUUUGAGUGUAAUGUAGUCUCAUUGUGAACAGAAUAUUAUUUGAACAUACCAUGUAACAUUAACAUUAACACAUAGUUUUGAUAUUUUUCCUUUGCUGCACAUCUUUAUUUAUUUAUAAUAUCAUUAAAAAUAAAUUUUUAGGGAUAAACUAAAAGUUUUUUUUUUUUUCGUUCUCGCUGUGCUGUAUAUAUGUUUGCUCAAUCAGGUUAUAUUUUUUUUUGUCUUCCCUUUUUUUCAUGUGUUUAAAUUAUUGAUUUUAUUUUCCAGUUUGCAGGCAGUGUUUUUAUUUAUGACAUACAUGGAUUAAUGAUACUGCUGAAUAAGAAAUAAUACAAUAAAAAGAAAAAUAAAGAUACAGGCAAAAUUAUAGGAUUAAAAAGGAUACAUUUUUAAAUUGAGGGAGGGUUCAAAUCAAAGGUGUAUUCAGCUAUAAAGUGGAGGAAAAUAUAUGAAGAUGUGAUAAAAUUUAUAUUGUAUUUCACACCAAAUGCAUGAAUCAAACUAUGUUGAACAAUGAAUUAUGUUUAUUAAAGCUGAAAAGAUG